GCGGGCGGGCCCACGGGGAAGCGGCGGCGGCGGCAGGCGGAAGCGGCGGCGGGCGAUGGCCGGGGCGCUGCUGCGCGGCGGGGUGCGCCGCUUCCCCUGGCUCUGCAACGUGCUGCUCUACGGCGGGCUCUUCGCGGCGGGCGACGCGGCCCAGCAGCUGUGGCGGCGGCGGGGGCAGCCGCCCGACUGGGCGCAGACGCGGCGCGUAGCGCUGGUGGCCCUCGCCUUCCAUGGCAACUUCAGCUACGUCUGGCUGCGGGCGCUGGAGCGGGCGCUGCCCGGGCGCCGCCCGCCCGCCGUCCUCGGCAAGGUGCUCUGCGACCAGCUGCUCGGCGCCCCCGUCGCCGUCCUCGCCUUCUACACAGGUAUGAGCAUCCUUCAGAGGAAAGAGGACAUCUUUUCAGACUGUAAAAAGAAAUUUUGGAAUACAUAUAAGACGGGACUGAUGUACUGGCCUUUUGUGCAGCUGUCAAACUUCAUUUUGGUCCCUGUUUACCUGCGAACAGCUUACACUGGGCUCUGUGGCUUUGUCUGGGCUACCUUCAUUUGCUUUUCCCAACAGAGUGGAGAUGGCACAGCAAAGUCAGCAUUUAUGUGUCUCCAAAGAGAGAAGGUCAAUGCAGAUGAAGAAUCAUCAGAGGAAUAAGAACUUUAGUUCUGAAAACAUUCUAAAUUGUUAAACUGAGUUUAUGGAAGUCAGUAAACCGCACUGCAGCCUCAUUGCUAUAUUUAAAAUAGGCAUCUCAACAUUUGUUGGUUAGUAUAAGCAGCGGAACAGUUUGUCUUUGUGCCUGUUUAUUUUUCAUAAAAGAGGCCAGUUGUAUAUUGGCAUUUAAUUAUUUUCAUGCUGCCAGCCCAUCUCUUCUGGGGAGAGCUGACUUACAGGGCAAUGUAAGCAUUUACACAUCAUGUCAGACCGCCUCACUGGGGAGAAAUAUUAACUGUAAUUUCAUUUUCAAGCAACUUGUAAUUGCUAGAAAAAGCGGAAUAGAACAUUAAAUUAUCAGUUGUUGGAUUUGAAGUUGUUAUCAGUGCGAGAUUGCUUUUGCAGAACAAGAUCUAAUGGAUUUCUUAUCUGAAAAGUAGCAUUGAAAAUGUUUUAUUCCAAGCAAAUGGAAAUACUGUGUUUUGUAGGACCACUUUUCUAUAGGGGUAAACUUGCUUUAUUCUACAUGAAAAUCUAUAUAGCAAAUUAAUUAUUUCAUAGAAUGUACAAACCUGAAAUAUAUUUGUAGAUCUUUUAUCUUUACUGGGAGAAUAAAGAUGACUAACUUUAGUCAGAGUUCCUUGGGAUGGAUGCUGCAUAUUGACACUUGAGGGUAGCAUCAGUCAUAAGCAGCUUCUGCCUGAUGGAAUCAGGCUAAACACUGCAGUGAGCUCUUGUUAUAUGUGUCAGUGACUUCUUGCUUUGGCCCUCGAGGGUCAAAGUACUGAAGAGUACAUGGGAGUCUUGACACCUUGAGCCUUUUCUGCUGUUUCAUUAUGUUGAAGAUAUAAUUUCAGAUUUUGAAGAAGAAGAGCAUAGGAAAAAAGGUAAUGUGAAUGCCAGAACCCAUCUCAAAACAAUCCAGCUAUAUAUAAGGAACUUCCAUUUCUUCUGCAAAUGGCUUUUAAACAUUCCUAUUCAUAAAAGACACUGGGUAGCUACACAUAGGGAACUAGGAGGAGGUGAAAAGUAAUUGUAGAUGUGCUUUGUCAGCUGAGGAACAGGUGUGCUCAUCAGUAUUUUUUAAAUGUGCAUAUGUAUCUUGGAAUAGGAACUGCAAAUUUUUGUGGUUGCAGUAAGUUGAAAUCAGUAAACGAGCCCUUCAUUUAUUAGAAUGGGAUUUUAUGCCGGGAAGUUACUAAAUUGUAAGCUUGAAACAAUACCUGAUUUAACCCAUCUUGAUGAUGAUUGUAAAGAGAAGACUCAACCCUCUUUGUUACAACAAUAAUAAAUCACUUUGAGGAAUGUCUGAAUUCAUCAGUCUUGUCUCAAUAGUAAAACAAAGCCUGCGGCAUAGGCUGUAAGUAUACAUUGCUUUGGCCAGCAGCUGUACGACUUAAUAUAUUGCUUGCCAUUAUUUGUCACUGUGGGAGUCCAGUGCUGCUUAGCUCAGACAGGGAAGGGGAUCAUGCAAGCAUUGCCCAAUCUAUUCCAUUCCAGGUAAAAUCAACUUGUUUAGCAUAACCCCGUGUUAGAGUGAUGCAAGGUACCCAUAUAGCUUUGACCACAGGACUGCAGCAGAUGGGAGGAGGGUAGAUGGCAGCGGGAGCUGCUUCUACAGUCUGUUUUGCUAGCAGACAGGUGGAGGAGGUAGCUUCUCUCUGAGGAUAGACAAGUCACUGCAAUUCCACCUUCAGUUGUACAGGCUGACCUGGAAGAGGACACCUGCCUGUGAUCUGAAGGUGGAAUUAAUUUUAAUUGACUUUUGACAUCUGUAGUAUGGACACCUGCAACUUGGCUAAUCAGUUUAAGCUCUGUUUGUAGUUAGUGGAGGAAAAUAGGCUGUUCAGACAUCUGUUUCAGGGUAUGAUGAAUUGUGCGCUCUAAGUGUCUAUUUCUUUGCAUGGAUAACAGAGAGUCUCAGAUGACUGGGCUGCUAUGUAGUUUCAUUGUAGAUGCUUCUAUAUGGUGAACUGAAUUUCCCUGCUUGGUGUCUAUCUUACAUGUCCUUAUGGGAGCAAUUUAGUGGGUGUUGCUGUAUGAAUCCCACAGUGUGAAUGGGGCAGUCCUGAUGCUGGACAUCCCAGUAGGAGUAGAAAUCCACAGAGGAACUAACUACAUUUUACCUGUCUAUUUAAAAAACAAAAGGUGAGUGAAUAGAAGUUUCAGACAGCUAUAGCUGUUAAAUUGUUAUUGUGCAUAUAAGUCCUCAGGAUAAAGAAGCAAUUUCAGUAGUGUUUUUUCUGUUGAUAUUUUUAGGAUCAGAAUAGUGUUUUAAGGUCUGUUCUAUUUCCUGAGACUUAAAAGUUUCAGGUAAGGUGUGCUAAUUAAGUAUUUGACUUUUUUUAGGGAUGCUAUUUAUUUUUAUUUCUGCUUGUGCCUUAAGUGUUUAAUGAUUAAUAGAAUUCACUUGGAGAACGGAACUGGAAAAUAAUGACAUUACAAGGGGAGUGAAAUAGUGAAAUGGCAUUGGUUUGCUGUAAGCAGUAUGCGAUGUUUCGCUGCAACUGAGUGCAAAAAAUAUUUCUGCAUGGGUAUAGUUGGCAAAACUUAAUCUCCAGAUGAAUCAAGAAUUUAAAACUAUUCUGGUGAUCUGUAUAAUGCUGAUGCUUUUCUUCAGCAGGAGUCUUUAAUGAAUGGAAGAUCUAUCUUUUAUUUUCAACAGCUUAAAAGCUUAUACAAGCUGUGCUUUAUUGCUGUAUGCUUUUGUGCUGCUAGCUUUUUGCUUGGGAAUUUGAACUAAAUCCUGCUUUGUCUUCAAGUUUCUCUGACUGUGGGCUUCAGGGUUUCUCUCUGUAUUUCUAUUACUUGAAGUACAGUUCUUUCAUGUAGUGGAAGCCUGUAGCUCUUAUAUUUCUGUAAACUUUACAUUCUGUAUAAUCCUUUCACUUCCUCUGUUUCUCAUGUCAAGGUACUUGACAGUUAAGUAACCCAGGUCCCUUUUCUCAUAAAAAAAUAGUUUGUUCUUCUGAACACUGAUUGGUCUUACAAACAUUUCAGAUCCACGUAAUGCAAAUAAAUGAAGCUGCGUUGGAACAAAUUCUCAGUAUGCAUAAAUUAAUGCACCUUCUAAAGAUUUUCUGCCUCUGUCAGUUUAGUCUGAGGACCUAAUCCCUUAGUUGUUAAAGACUUUAUUAUUUCUUGAAAAUUUUGGGGCUUAGAAGAUUAUUUUCAUGGUAUAACAGAAUGGUUGAGGUUGGAAAAGACAUCUGGAUGUCCAGCCCAGGUCAUCUAAUCCAUCUCUAUUUUGAGACAUAUAAACUUGCUUCUUCUAGUAAUUCAGUAAUUUCUUUUAAAAAAAGAAAAGAUGGGUGAGACUUCAGUCGUAAGGGCUUUAAGACUAUUUCAAGGAAUUGCACUGAUCUUAUUGCCAGCUGAACAUGCAGAUUUCCAUAGCCAGAAAGAUGAACAGAAUUAUACAUGUUACAUAGAUGCUCAGGAAGGAGGGAACGUACUGCCAGUAGCUACUAGGCACGCAUUCAGGUGACAUUUUCAUGUCAUGGGUCCUCUCUAAGAGCAAAUGGGAUGAGAAGACAUUUUUACCAGGUGCAAUUCCAGCUUUGUGUUAUUCUGAAUAGCUGUGGAGAUGUAGAGUCGGAAUUUGAUAGAAUGAGAAUUUAAAAAUGUGUCUUUCUGCUGCAAAUCUUUUAUGCAAAUGCACCUCCUGUGCUUACUAGUAUGCGAAAUACUUCCUUCUAGGCUUGGAAAAUUCACCAGAAGGCAUCUGUCUUUCACACUAGAAACAGCCAUCCAGUAACACAGCAUAAAAUAACCAGUUUCAAUCUGCACUGAAGGUGAAACUGCCUGUAGUUUGUUACUGUAUCUGAUACAUCAAGUUCUCUGAGAUCUGUGCAGCCUUAGCCUUCUGAUUCUCUGUUAUAAGCGCCAAUGCUUUCUGCUCAUGCUGCUGCCUCUACUGUUAGUGCCAAUCCAGUAAGAUGUGCAAGAAAUACUUGAAUUUGACUAAAAUAAUGAAUUUCAAGUUGACUGAAAAAUGUCUGUGUUUUUGCAAAGGCUUAAUAAAUAUUAAAUGCUCUUCUUUG